CCGGCGGGCCUCGCGGCGACGGAGUACGGCGACCCGCGGGCCGGCUGAGCUGCUGCGAUGCUGGUGGCUGCGGCCGCAGAGCGGAACAAGGAGCCUAUCCUGCGUGUGCUGCGGCAGUACAUGGACCCGGCCCAGCGCGGUGUUCGAGUGCUCGAGGUGGCCUCUGGCUCCGGCCAACACACGGCCCACUUCGCGCGGGCCUUCCCCCACGCCGAGUGGCAGCCGUCCGACGUGGACCAGCGCUGCCUGGACAGCAUCUCGGCCACCACUCAGGCUCAGGGCCUGUCCAACGUGAAGGCCCCGCUGUACCUGGACGUGACCUGGGAUUGGGAGCAUUGGGGCGGGAUCCUUCCCCAGUCGCUGGACCUGCUGCUCUGCAUCAACAUGAUCCACAUCAGCCCCCUCAACUGCACCGAGGGGCUCUUCAGAGCAGCAGGACACCUGCUCAAACCCAAGGCGCUGCUGAUCACCUAUGGGCCUUAUGCCAUCAAUGGGAAGAUCACUCCGCAGAGUAACGUGGACUUUGAUCUCACUCUUAGAUGCAGGAACCCUGAGUGGGGGCUGCGGGACACAGCCCUUCUGGAGGACCUGGGCCAAGCCAGUGGCCUGCUCCUGGAGAGGAUGGUGGACAUGCCGGCCAACAAUAAGUGCCUGAUAUUCCGGAAAGAGUAACUUUCUCCUGCAUGUUUCUGUCUCCACCAAGACCCGUUCUGGAAUAAACCCAGAUGCCAGCCCCUGCCUCCCAGGGCUGGGCCCUGGGGACUGCCCUUGCUUGGUCUGGGGGCUCUUGGCUGGUGGCCACUGCGCUGCUUAGAACCUGGGAAUAAAGUGUUUCUUGCUGCUCA